CGUUAUCAUUGCACUUAUCAACGGUGCUAAACAUCUCCCUCACAAGGGGAGUAAGAUAACCCGAAUGCUUCAAGAGUCAAUUGGAAAUCCAUCCUGUCGUACAACCAUGAAAAAAAACGUAUCGCCAUCAUUGCCAUUUUACAACGAAACACUUGCUAUAGCACACUUGGCAUCAAGACUACAUAGGCUCAGGAAACGCAAAGGAAAGGGCUCAAGUACCAGUUCAUCAGGCGGCGAAAGUUCCUGUGAUGAAUCACGGAUACGAAAACCGCGACUUCGUACAGCAGAGCCUCGCCUUCGUACAACAGCAAUUCCAGAUAGGUUACGCGAGGACUGCGCUCAAGGACAAGGUGAUAAUUCCGACUACAACUCAAGUACUGGAGAGGAAUCAUGUGAUACAGUGAUAUAUGUGGGUCCCGACGGGGAGCUAAGUGACAGAGAACUCACCGAUCAUGAAGGACCUCCAUCAUUGCAUCACUACAAACAGAAGAACACCUCUCCUUGGGAAGACUGUGAAACAACACGUUCUUUGAAACAAAAAAAAGAGGCAAUUGAAAACCUUGAUUUAGACGAAGAAGAAGAAACAAAAAAAAAAAAGACUCCUACACCAGAUGUGAACAUUGAUGAAGAAACUAAAAAAAAUGAAGAGGAGACAAAUAUUGCAGUUGAUACAAUGGAAAAUAAAAAAAAAUUGACGUGUUCUAGCGAACCAAAUGUAAUUGAGCUGCAAGUAACUUUAAAUCGUAUCCCUAGCUUACAAGAUGUCAUUGAACCAACCGCUAAAAAAAAUCAACCAGAUAAUAUUCCUACUAUACAGAAUGCCACUGAACAAAAAAAAGCCAUAAAUCAACCAGAGAAAAUCCCAAGCUUAGAGGACGCUUUUGGACCAAAUGUAACAGAAGAGCCAGAUGAUGUUCCCAUCAUAGAAAAAAAAAAAAAGCAAACCACACAUACUCAUUGCAAUGCUGCUCUUGAUGAAAAAAAAUUUGAGGAACUUCAAGAACUCGAGUUUCUUGAACAAACAUUAAAAAAAAGUCUUAUGUCAGAUGAGGAAUAUGAAUUUCAAGAAAAAGACAAAAAAAAAAAUUUCACUGAACAUCCCACGUUUCAUCCCACGGAUUUUAAAAAAAAAGGUCAAGAAUUAACAGAAAAGGAGUUAAAAGAAACGGCCAAGUAUGCUCUUAGCAAGACUGAAAGUUUACUUGAAAUUGAGCCUGAAAAAAAAAAAAAUUUGGAGGAUUGGAAUGAGUCUAGUGUUGAUAUCGUUUCAAUUAUGAGAUGCCACAAACCAGCACGUGUCAUUCAUUCCAAUCCAGUUGAAAAAAAAAAAGAAAGUAAAAAGAGUCACACUUCAAAGUCGAGCAGUUCCAAAAAAAAUUCAUCGGAUGCCGAAAGUAUCGUCCUUCCAGAGAAACCAUAAAAAAAAUUUAUGACUUGUGACGCUGUUAAUGAUGAUAGUGAUAACUCGGCCAUGAAAUCCAUAAAAAGACAUUCUGGCAGCUUUAUAGUAGCGAGUUCAAAUGGAGACAUCAAAUAUCGAUAUGAUGUCACUGCUAAGCUGAUUGAGGCAUGUCAACCUGAAGGGUACUUUUCUAACUCAGGACAGUGUUUCGUUCUGGAAGACCAGCAAAGCCCAGACGAAUUCUAUUACGACGAUACAGAGAAAAAAAAGGGCGAAAAAGAAGAUGACACAGAGACUGUCACUGUGUUAUACUCUGAUGAGCGUGGUCAGGGUAUCGAGAAAAACAUCUCAAGAGUUCUCUCUGAUGACUCGCUGUUUCCUGACUUGGACCAAAAGCUCGACAACAUCAACCCAGUCGAUCGUGAUAGAGAAACAGAGAUGUCACUCACACUGGCUGACGGAGCUAGUGAUAGCCCUGAUUCCGAUCAAGAUCUCCCUCCAAGAUCACCGGCCAUGGAUACUCCUAUGAAGUUAUUUUAUCACCUGGUUCCGUCUCCUCAUUCGUCAUCAAAUGAGGAUCUAGAUGACAGCCAAUCGGCAAAGGUGAAGGUAACGGCGUCACUUUCCCCUAUACAAGAAUGYCCAUCUAGAGAAAAAAAAAUAAAUCGAUCAACGGAUAGCCUUUCAAAUGAGCUUAGGGAUCAGAACUAUAAUGUUCUUGAAACGGCCACUAAAGAUAUAAAAAUAAAUAAAAAAAAAAGAGAAGCUAAUUCACCUCCAUCAAAAUACUUCAGAACUGUAAAAAAAAAACAAAAACAGAAACYUCCAGGAGAUAAACACGAGUUGCAUGGAUUGAUUCAGAGACUUGUUACUGAGCAGUUAAUGGAGGCUCAAGGGAUAACUGGAGAAAUAAAGAUUUCUCGUCCUCAGCCAAGGCCAGCUGUUGAGCGUAUGACACGCGGUAACAGGCGAUGUAAAGUCAUUUCCCCAAAUGAUUCAGCCAAUCAAGAUAUUCUGCUACCGCCACUUAAGCCUCAUAGACGUUCCAUGUUGGACAAAGCACGUGUGAUCCGAUCACCAAAACUUGGUGUUCGACGCGACAAGGAUUAUGGGAGUGACGUUGUUAGUUAUCAAAGAGACUACAAUGAUGACUCUAGUGAUAGUUCACUCACAACAAGAACAGAGCCAUGGUCGUCUCCGGUACGACCACGCCCUGUGCACCUCAUUCCUAUCUCACAGACAAAAAAAAUAACGUUCUUGGGUUGUGAAACACCCGCUCAAUCCCACAAUACCAAAGUCGUUCCGGUUGAUAAUGAUAGUCCAGUUGAAGCAAGCGAUGAAAAAAAAGAAACCGAAAAUUCUCGAUUUAAACAUGAUCGAUAUCAGGAAAAAAAAAACCAAAGCGAACCUGAAGUACAAAAAAAAGGAAGAAGAAGAAAAAAAAAUGAUGAACGUGGUUAUGUGAGCGAGGGUGAUCAUAAAAGCAAAAAAAAAGACAGUUUUGUGACAUAUGACGGUUCUGAACUAUCAGAAAGCGAAGCAGAAACACGACGUUUGCACCAUAGUGAACCACAUGUAGGGCGCAAAAAAAACCUGAAACGACCAGCCAUCAGCCGUGAGAAAAUCAAUCCCAAGACUCCUUACGCACCGCAGGCCGAGUACAAAACACGUCACCAGCAUCAAAAAAAAACGCAUAAAAUUAUCUACAGAUUGUCUGGAGAAUUUACAACAGUUGCCAACACAGCACCAGCUAGUGGUAGUAUGUCUGGAAUUUCCUCGUCUCCAAAUCGAAGAAUUAGUUCAACAAGUACAGUUAACAGCUGCCCUGGAAUGGCUUUAGGUGAAAGCACGAGUACCGUAUGGGUUCUAAGUGAGCCUGCAAUGUCUAGUGAAGAAAUGACAACCGAUGAGCAAUCAGUGCCAGGGACACCAGUCAGCUUGCAACGCGGGAGAAGGCUGAGUAGAUUGCGAUUGUUUAGUCGUGACAGGGGAAGUGGUUACAGCAGUGGUCACGCCAGUGACAGUAGCGUCAACGAAAGUCCACGCCCUCGGCAAAGUAGAGUGAAGGAGCUUCGAAGAUCAAAGUCAGCUUCAACUAGAUCUGAUGCAGCCAGCAGUAGUGGCUAUGAGAGUAUGCGGAAUGAUACAAGCCAUGCGAAAAAAAACAGCUGUAGUGAAAGAGACUCGAGUAAAAAGAAAAAGAAAAAAAAAAAACCUGUUCCCAAAAAAAAAAAACGAAGCAGCUCUGCCCCACCCUCCAAUCGACGUAGAUCUCGAUCACCACGUCGAUGGUUUAGUCGGAAGUCACUGGACGAUCACGUGGAGAUAAAGGUGUAUCACGUGGAUGACAUUGACAAACUACAGAAGUUCAUGCGUUCUGAGGCUAAUGAGGAAAACUACAUAAAGCUCCACGGUCUCAAAGAACAACAGACGGUCCUGAAAGCUGAAAAAAAAAGGUCCCGUCAGAGGCUAAUCGACAAUGAACAGCGAUGGAGAUUUGCAGUAAGAGCCGAAGGAAUGUUUCCAAGUGACGAUCCGAGGCUCGCUCAAGCUCUGGAGAUGGAGAAUGUUAUGCUGGAGAAACGAAUCAAAGCUUGCAAGUCUCACUUAAUGAUGGUUACCUCGUAAAAAAAACUUGUUACAGAAGUCUAAAUUUGUUUACCUCUCAU